AUGGCAGUGGUUGAUGAUGCAUUCGAAGUGGGAGAAGAGGUCGGGUUGAGUUCAGACUAUCUUGAUAUGGUGCAGAAAUUCAAAGAGAGAGAAAGGGAGGCUUGGGGCAGUGACGAGCAGAGGGGGCUGCUGCUGAGGGUUUCCGAUUGCCUCUCGUCUGAUCCGUUGGCCUUGAAUCGCCGUCAGAUUAUAUGGUUUUAUAAGGUGUGGAGAAGUCUUAAUAUUGGUGCCUCUUAUAAAUUACUGCUCGUUAAGAAGGUGUGCAUAAAACAAAAGUACACUGCCAACAGUCAAGAUGAAAGUGCAGAAGAGCAUAAAAGGAGGUGGUGGUCACUAUCUUGUACAAUUCGGGAGAAGUUUUUAUCAUCAAUGACAACAUUUCUCUCCAUCUCUUCGAGGGCAAGCCGAGCAGCUUCUCUAUCUCGUUGCCGUUGCUCCUUGAUGUACUCAUUGGCUUUCAUCAUCUCGGCAGCCCUAAACUUCUUGAUCUCAUCUUCGGUGUUUUCAAGACCAUUAGAGCCACUGUAAAGAACCUCUUGUUUGGCUUUGAAGAUGGUACCUGCAAACCGUGCCUUCAGCAUUGCAACCCGAGCGGCCCUUCGUGG